ACGUUUUCCAACUUACAAAACACAACACUUGCACUUUGCAAAUGGCGUUUAACCGCACCUAAGUCGCCCAAACUGUCCAGAAAUAUUGUCUGUUUAAAAAAAUUGCUAGUCAAAUUGUAUUUACUCCUGCAUCUACUUUUGACGAAUAAACAUUAAAUAGCGUUUCAAUUCAGUUGUUUUUUUCUCAUUUGUUUGAUUUAUAAAUAAAUAAACCACUUAAAACACUUGAGUUGUUUUCAUAAUUUCAUUUUUCAUUUUUUUGUUGUUGGUUUUGGUUUUCUCUCCUUGAGCGAAAUCCCAUCAUGUUACUCACCGUCACAAGCACAUACCUGAUUUUACCUGAAAAAGUUUUAGUUUUUCUUGUAUAUUAAGGGAAAAGAUUAGUGGGUAUUGAAGGAAAUUGGAUUUGUCGGCAUGGGUAAUUUUAUUUGCACGACAAAGGAGAUUAAGGAGAAGCAACAUGGAUCAAGGAGCAAGAGAGUGGGAAAAUAUCAGAGGAAGCUUUCAGCGGAAGAAGAGUUGCUGCAUAGGCAAACUUUGUCUAUGGCGCUUCAGCAACAUCAGUUGUCUCAGCGGUUUGAGGGAUCCAUGUCGAGAAGAAUUGGAGGCUCUACAAGCUCCAGAAGACGCAAUCUUGAUGACCCUUUAUCGAAUUCUAAGCAGGCACCAAACAUUUUGGAAAAUAUCCAGCAUAAAAAAAUUAUACUGAUACAUGGAGAAGGAUUUGGAGCAUGGUGUUGGUACAAAACUAUUGCCCAAUUGGAGGAAGUAGGAUUGCAACCGACAGCCUUAGAUCUUACAGGAUCUGGUGUUAAUCUGAUUGAUACAACCAAUGUCACUACGCUGGCUGAGUAUUCAAAACCACUGAUUGAUUAUCUUGAAAACCUUCCAGACAAUGAAAAGGUUAUGUUGGUAGGUCACAGUAGUGGAGGUGCAUGUAUUUCUUAUGCACUGGAGCAUUUCCCACAAAAAAUCUCAAAAGCGAUUUAUCUCUGUGCUACAAUGGUGUCAAAUGGCCAGAGACCUUUUGACGUGUUUGCUGAAGAGCUAGGGUCUGCAGAGCGUUUUAUGCAAGAAUCCCAGUUUUUGAUAUAUGGAAAUGGUAGAGACAAGCCUCCUACAGGAUUCAUGUUUGAAAAACAGCAAAUGAAAGGGUUAUAUUUCAAUCAAUCACCAACAAAGGAUGUUGCCUUGGCCAUGGUUUCUAUGAGACCUACACCACUGGGUCCUAUGAUGGAGAGGCUGUCAUUGUCCCCUGAAAAGUAUGGAAGUGGCCGGCGAUUCUAUAUACAAACAUUGGAUGAUCAUGCCCUUUCACCAGAUGUACAAGAAAAGCUUGUAAGAGAAAACCUGCCAGAAGGAGUUUUCAAGAUCAAAGGGAGUGACCAUUGCCCUUUCUUCUCAAAGCCACAGUCAUUGCAUAAAAUGCUAGUUGAAAUCAUUCAAAUUCCCUAGCUCGAAUUUCUGAAUCAAGGACAAUUAUUUUGCAAAUCAUUCAUUUUACAGAAGACAGACAUUUAUUGGUUACAUCGAUGGCCUCUAACAAAGUCGGCAAUUAUUGUAGGUAAAACACAGAGCCACUUGUCUUUUUCAGUUCAUUUUCUGAGCAUGGGAUAUAGAAAGUACAAGCAUUACCUUUUAUCUGUGAAGCAAAUAUCAGAUAAAGUGAAGUCUGCAUCUGCUAGAUUGUAUGACUGGAAAAUUAAUCUGACUGUUUUUACUACCAAAGAAAUUAUAUUUUCUUUUUGCUUUGUUUAUGUUAAGAAGAUACAUUUUGAUUUACUUUAGUUUUUGGUUUUCAUUUUCUCAUUUUGAGGUUGUUGGUGUCUACACUGCUGUUGUUAAGUUGAUGAAGGCACUUUGAUUACUGUCAAUUUGUUUUUUUUUUUAAA